AUGAAAAAGCUUGUGAAGAGGUACCGACUGGACAAGGCUGCCGAGUCCAAGCUUUGUGAGGUCUUGGCCAAGUGGGAUGAGGACAAGCAGUACAGGUAUUACAAAGACCUUUGGAAGGUGCUGGCUGAUGCAGUGAAGCCAUCUGCGACAGUCAUGAUCAUUGUGAAGAAGAUCGUGGCUGGGGAGAGACUAUGUGAGGAGAGCAGCAGCGACACGGAGGACCCAAAUCCACGAGGUCGCGAAUCAAUGCCCUCAUAUGCACGUGUAGACCAGCACGUCUCAAAGCCGGAGAUGGCUCGUGCGCCAGUGUCCAGUGCCGAAGCACAGCCGGCAGUCGGUUCCAAGGCUGCCAAAGGCGCCGCAGACGGUUGCGCUGCAGCCAGGCUAGUGCGCAAGGAUCUUCUCGACGAGACCUGUCAAGCGAGGAUAUCAGGUCAGCAAUGCGCGAGUUCCGGCACAUCAUUGCCGUGGCUACAAGAUGCAAGCGGACAUCCCAAGGGCCGCUUCACUUCUCCUUCCGUGAUAUACCUCUUUCCGGGCAAGGAGAUGAAGGUUGGAAGACAGCCAGACAUGUGCGCAGUGGUCAUGGACUGCCCGGAAGUUCCGCAGAUGAUCAGCCGUUGCCAUGCUAGGCUAGUGGAUGCUGAAGGCAUUUGGGUCCUGACAGAUGAGAAGAGCUUGAACGGCAUCCAUGUCAACGAUAUGAAACUCAAUGCGCCCAAGCUGCUGAGACAUGGCGACUCCAUAUGUUUUGGCAGGAAGCUGAACGACCGACCUGUCUUCGAGUAUGUUUUUGAGGAGAAAGAUCAUCAGAUUCCAGAAAGACGAGGCAAAAGGAAACGAGAACCCCAAGCAGAUGCAGUUGCUGUGGGCCAAGCUACCGCAGCUGUCCAGAAUGGGAAUGUUUCCACCAGCGCUGCUCGGCAAGAAGGAAAGCAGUGCGACGCAGUUGGGCUAGCUGACCUUGCAGAUGCAGACGGCGACAACAUGUUGCAACAGGAAAUGAGCAAGCUCAUGAAGGAGCAUAUGGCAAGAGUAGCACAAGAGAGGCUGGAUCUUGAUGCCAGACGGGCAGAGCUGGAUGCCAAGUUCAAGCAACUGGAAGCAAAGUCGCAACAGCCUUCAAAGGAAGCCAGCGCGCCCGCUGUUAAUCUGAAGGAACUUCAGUCUGAGCUUGUGUGUUCCAUUUGCCGCGACUGGAUUGUCCAUGCUGCCUCCAUAGAGUGCGGGCACAUGUUUUGCCGGGAAUGCAUAGAUCAGUGGCUCGCCCACAAGCACUUUUUGUGCCCUGUCUGCCGAGCCACGGUCAAACAAGAGCCAACAGCCGCCCGAACACUCGAUGUGAUCGUUGACAAAACCAUACAGCAGAGCAGCGCGUCGGACGUGCAGGAGUUCCAAAGUCGCUUGAAAAAGGCUGAUGAGCUUCAGGCCAAGCGGCGAACGGCCACGCGGGACCUGGAAGCGUCAGUGAAAGAAGCCGUUCGAAGUAAGAAGAAGUUCUUUCACGUCAACCAGAAUUGGGGCAAAAAAGAGAAGAAGACCUUCCACGAUGGCGUCAAGCAGUACAUCAGCGAAGGUAGAGAGGCUUACUGCCAGCUGGUUGGCCUUACUAUCAGCUGGGUCUACAGUGCCGAUGAUUCAAAACUCAAUCAGGCAUUGCACAAUCUAGGUUUGCAGGAGUUUGUCAGCAAGCCCGAGAAGGACAUUCGACAGAGACUACUGAUGUUUCUGCGCUAUGGGAAGAAUCCGCGCAACAUCCCAGCUGGAUCCUUCAAACCGCAGCGCGGGAUGGGAGUCAAUGGCAGGAUCGCAGCACGCGCCAUGCACGAGGGUGCCCAGCGGAUACGCCAGGAGAUCACAUGCUUCGUGAUGGGCUUUGGCUCGUAG